AAGAGAAAAUUGAGUAAAAGUGGCAAUGUGCAAUCGUGACGUUUUGUUUUCGUAUGACGUCUGACAUUCGAGAACGAUUUCACAACACAAAUGUGAAUUCAUCGUCAUAAUGUGAAAAUCUACUUUCUUCGAGAGAUUUAGUAAGAAUGCCGAUACAGGCUCCACCGUGGACGGAAUUUCUAAGUUGCCCAGUAUGUUGCAAUGCAUUCGAUGAUAAAUUGCGCAGCCCCAUAAGCCUGGGCUGCGGUCACACAAUAUGUAAAGCAUGUCUCUCAAACCUUCAUCGAAAGCAGUGUCCUUUCGAUCAGACCACAAUAAGCAUAGACAUAGAAAACUUACCUGUAAAUACAGCUUUGUUGCAAUUAGUCGGGCCCAAUUUAAAGUAUGACAGUGAUGAUGUGGAUAGCAAAAUCAUUCCCCGAGAACACUUUAAUCACUACUUGAAAUGCAAAAAAUAUGUAGAAGAAUUGGCAUUGUAUUUAAGGCCCUAUCCAAAUGGCAGUGUUUGUGGUAGUGGAAGUAUCUUAUCAAGACCAAUGCAAAGGAAGUUAGUAACUUUAAUUAACUGUCAGCUGGUGGAAGAAGAAGGUCGAACAAGGGCAAUGAGAGCAGCAAGGUCUUUGGGGGAGCGUACAGUUACUGAAUUAAUUUUGCAACAUCAAAACCCUCAGCAGCUUUCAGCAAAUCUCUGGGCUGCAGUUAGGGCUAGAGGGUGCCAGUUUUUGGGACCAGCCAUGCAAGAAGAAGUAUUGAAAUUGGUUCUAUUAGCUUUGGAAGACGGUUCAGCUUUAUCUCGGAAAGUUCUAGUAAUGUUUGUGGUACAGAGGCUGGAACCACAUUUUCCUCAAGCAUCUAAAACCAGCAUCGGUCAUGUUGUGCAGUUGCUAUAUCGAGCUUCCUGCUUUAAGGUAUCCAAAAGGGAAGGAGAUUCCUCGCUUAUGCAACUUAAGGAGGAAUUUCGAACAUAUGAAGCGCUUAGACGAGAACAUGAUGCGCAGAUAGUGCAAAUUGCUACUGAAGCGGGGCUCCGGAUCGCGCCUGAUCAGUGGUCCGCCCUCCUAUAUGGAGACACGGCACACAAAUCCCACAUGCAGAGCAUCAUAGACAAGUUGCAAACACCUCAAUCAUUUGCACAGUCCGUGCAAGAAUUGGUUAUAGCAUUGCAAAGGACAGGUGAUCCAGGAAAAUUAUCUGUUUUGAGGAAUCCUUUGGAGUUGCUGGCUGCAAUUGAUCCCAGUCCAGAAUCCGCGAUACCCGCUUGGAUCGAAUGCACCGAGUGUCUGGAAGCUGUGCGUCAAGUCGUGGCGGGGCUGGUGGAGUUUAUACAUCAACACGGCAGCAGGAAGCUGCAGGAUUCGUCCCACUCGCAACACGCCAAAUAUAAGAUCAGCAUGUGUCGGGACCUGACGCUGAGAGGCAGCUGCCCGAGGGGCACCAACUGCACUUUUGCCCACUCCAAUGACGAAUUGGAAAAGUACCGCGCGAAAAACAGAAAAAACCUCAAUCGGAACAAGGAGCACCGCAUCGAGAACCAGUCGCCCAUUGACAAAGCACUUCCCCAACCGGAAGAGUACUAUAUACCGAAUCCGGCCACUACCGUUAGUCCCGUUCCGGUCCAAACGGUAGUCCAGAUACCUCGCAUGGGUUACGACGUACAGUUCGGUCCCACUUAUCCGUCGAAUCCGCAGUACACUCCCCCGAUAUAUCCGACGCAGGCGGCGACCUAUCAAAAUCCGGACGUGUACCCCGCCACCGUAAACAGUGUCGUUUUGACCAACGGCGGGCGGGUAUAUGCGUCGCCGAUCGCCGAGUACGGUCAGAGCGCGCAGAACGUCGAGUUGAACAAGCGGUGCGGGUGGGAAUCGACAAAGAACUACACCCACCAAUCGAAGACCAACCGUAACCAAACGAAAAGCUUGGCGGAGCUGCACCAGCUGAAAAAAGACGUUAUUCUUCAGCUGGAGAAGGUGGUGGGGAAAAACGCGGCCGCCGAGAUAUCGAACGCGGCGACCAAUUUGGCAAGACAGGAGUCGCAGCACGACCUUGAUAGCCCGACGUCCCCGUAUAAUUUUUGGAGCGGCCAGAUCAACUCGGGCCCCACGUUCGUUCGAUCCGACUCCAUAUUGGCGGCCGAUGACGACUACGUACCUUAUGACGCGCCGGCUAUAAGUAAAUACGGGCCGAUAUCAAGGAUGCAUAAGGACAACGGAAUAGGUCCGCCGGUUCAAGUGUCCGGGUCUUUUAGAGACGGAAAUAUUUCGUCGUCGUUGAUCAGAAGGCCUGUAUCGUCCGGGAGCCCGGUAACUUCGUGGUACUAUAACAACAACAGCGCCCAUUUUCAAACCGCGGUACCUGGGGCCCACACCAUGAUCGGCCCGUCGGUUACAAACAUUAACGAAGGUUACGUAACCUAUGGAUCACCCCAGCUGAUUUUUCACUCCAGACUGCAAGAUCCUUCUAAGGAGUUACUCGCGGAAUCGCAGCGCGUCAAAAUCCAACUGCGCAACCUCGAGAAACAGCUGAAUGACCUGAAAUUGGCGGCGCAAGGCGUGACGUCCCUAAGCGAGAGUGAAAGGCUGACGCAGGAAUUGCAACUGAUCGAACAGGGGAUCCAAGAGAAACAGAAAGAAGCUUGUCUUAACAAAAUCGUUCAUUCCUUGAACCAAACGAUGGGCACCUACAGCAAUGGCGCGUUAUCAGUCGGUAGUUCCGAUGACGCGACCUACGAAGCUGACAUCGCCAACGAUAUGCGGGAGCUGGAGUUGCGACUGCAAGAGGAAUUGGAGGAGUGGAGCGGGGAGGAUUCUCCCAAGUAAAAAAAAUUAAACCCAAUGGGUUCAUGAGUGUAUUGUUUUUUUUUUUUUUUUUGAUGUUUCAUGAUAUGAUGUGACAUGGCGAUUAUGCGUUCGUUAUGGGAUGGGAAGAUCAGAUUUCAAACGUUCAAAUUUUGUUGUAUAUUUGUGUUGGUAUAUUUGGACUUCCUAUUUGCAAUCAGAAAUGGUAAAUUUUCCAGUUUUAUGGGAUUUUUUCAUGCUGAUAUAUCUAAUGCUUGCCGACAUUUUCCGAGGAGAUUGAUAGCAACAAAACGGGAGAAUAAGUAAAUAGUUCAAAAAACUUUAUAUGUUAUUUAUUGUGCUAUAUUGCUCCAAAAUACUUGUGCAUUAAGGUUUUAGUUUUUCUGUGCAAAGGCACACAAUGAGACAAUCAGAAAAACCUAAAAUUUGUAGGGAAUUUCAGCAGCAGUUUCUAAACUUUUGUUUAAAAGUAAAAAUAUUAAUAUAUAUUUAUACAGAAUUUGCAGUUCAUUAAAACAAUAAACUAUUUUAAAUGCGAAGGGACCUUGUUAAAAAUUGGUUUCGGUUUUCAAGGGCAUGCUGCUGAAUUAAGUUGUCAUUAAAAUAGUAAAUGAAAAUUUCUAGUCAGUAUUUAGUGUUUUUUUUUUUAAUUUAUUUUGAUCCGAAGCGAACUGGUUGGCAAGUAUUUGAUGACAUACUCAACAAGGCAUCGAACCAUAUUUCGAGCAAACAAAGUCUAACAUUGGCUGAAAUGUCAUUAAAGCGUUUUUAAAUCAUACUGUGUGUGAUCGGUAUAUCAAUGUUGUAAGUUGAUAUAGUGAUAUAUUUUCUGAUUUCCAAUGUUUAAUAUAUCGGAAGGUGUGCAUUUGUUUGAAAAUGCAUCUCGUCAAAAUGAUAUGUUUAUUUUGCAUAAAAAUGGAAUAAUUAGUCGUUCUUUUACUUACAUAAUUUAUUUCGGAGCUACAUAUCUAGCUAGGUAAAUAUAUUUUUCUUGUAAUUGUCCGCUUUAAUGUUCUUUGCGAUCUUUUUUUCUGUAUUUCUAAUUAUAAUACUUCUAUAAAGACAUAUUUACACUAACAAAUAUAAUUAUUGGCCAGAAUUGAAGAGUUGUUUUGCCAAACUUUUUGAUACCAGAUUUGCGAAGAACAUAUUUUGUUUCAUUUUGAUAAUUAAAAAAUAAAUUCAUUGCGCAGUGAUAAAGACGAGCUAUCGUCUUGCAUUUAUUACAGGUACCCUUUAGUUUCAUCCAUGUGAUUUUGUAAUACUCCACUGUUUUGUAUUUUGCUGUAACUUAUUUUUAAUGAUUUAUAAUAAUUACUAUUUAUUCAAUUUAAAACUAAAUUGAAUGGAUGAAAGAAUUCGUUAUCUAAAAUUUUAAUCACGUUCCAUAUUUUCUUUUCCGCUAUCGUUUGCUUUUAUUGUUUCUUCUCUGCAUUCUUCUAAUUAACAUUUAUUUACUUGUUUUCUUUUGUGUUUGCAUAAUGCAAAAAAAUACAUAAAACGUAAAUAAACCAGCGGUUUGAGGGAAAUAAGCAAUUUACCUAUUGAAUUUGACUUUGUGCUUUCUUUUUAUGAAAUUAGCUAUUUGCAAUAUAGUUUUAGGCUGUGUACUAUUGUACUUGGUUGUAAUUAUGAUUAUCUAAUUUUAAUAUAUUUUAUUUAUAUUUGCCUAUUACGCUGAUUUUUGUAUGAGUAUUCCGGGAAACCCAAGAUUAUUAAACGCCAAGUUUUCACGAAGAAGUUGUGGAUGGGUGCCCUUUACCACUCAUGUUUUACUGUGUUUCUUUUUAGUCAUUUUAUGGCAAUCAGUUUUAAAUAAGGUCAUGUUGCACAUGUGAUUAAUAUUUACUAUGUUAUAUUGAUUAUAUUAAUCACUAAUGUAUUUUAAUCAUGGUGGGAGUAUAUACUACACUA